AGCCAAUCGCCGGUCGGCGCCAGAAAGGUCUGAACGGCGCGAGCUGUUUAACAUGGCGGAGGACGCCCCCUCAGCGGCUCCGAGCCCGCGGGGUCGUGCGGAUGGCGAGGAUGCAGAGCUCCUGGAGGAGGAGAUGGCAGAAACGGCGAGAGAGGAUCAGGAGCAGUUUGAGUGCCAGGAACUGCUCGAGUGCCAGGUGCAGUUGGGGGCUCCCCCGGAAGAGGAGGACGCGGGCCUAGUGGCUGAGGCUGAGGCUGUUGCUGCUGGCUGGAUGCUGGAUUUCCUCUGCCUCUCCCUUUGCAGGGCGUUCCGUGACGGCCGCUCCGGCGACUUCCACCGGACCCGCGACAGCGCCGAGGCUCUUAUUCAUGGACUACCCAGUCUAACAGCUUAUCAACUGAAAACUGUAUACAUCUGUCAAUUUUUAACAAGAAUUGCAGCAGGAAAAAACCCUUGGUAAAUAUAUGCACAGUUUGAAAGUGAUGAAAGAAUUACACCCUUGGAAUCAGCUCUGAUGAUUUGGGCUUCAAUUGAAAAGGAACAUGACAAGCUUCAUGAAGAAAUACAAAAUUUAAUUAAAAUUCAGGCUAUAGCCGUUUGCAUGGAAAAUGGAAAUUUUAAGGAAGCAGAAGAAGUCUUUGAAAGAAUAUUUGGUGACCCAGAUUCUCAUAUGCCUUUUAAAAGAAAAUUACUUAUAAUAAUCUCUCAGAAAGAUACAUUUCAUCCCUUUUUUCAACACUUCAGCUACAACCACAUGAUGGAGAAAAUUAAGAGUUAUGUGAAUUGUGUGCUAAAUGAAAAAUCAUCCACCUUUCUAAUGAAGGCAGCAACAAAAGUAGUCGAAAGUAAAAGAGCAAGAACAACUUCUCAAGAUAAAACUAAUAGUAAUGAUACUGAAUUGGAAACGGAAGCUAAUUUGGAUAUUGGACAAAGUGUUAGUGAGAAACAGUCUGCGGUAACUGAAUCCUCAGGGGAUACAGUAUCCUUAUUGAGGUCUCACAAAAAUCUCUUCCUAUCUAAGCCAAAAUGUGGAAACCAGCAACAAGAUUUUGAUAAGAAAGAGGAAAGAGUGGAAACUCUUCAAAGUGGAAGAAAGAAAAAAGAGAACAGUAGAAGACCCACUGAAAACAAGAGAUUACGUGUUUUAAACAAUCAGCCUGUAACUCCUGAAAAACAUCGAUCUAGGAAAAAACAGGCAUGGCUUUGGGAAGAAGACAAGAACCUGCGAUCUGGUGUGAGGAAAUACGGAGAGGGAAAUUGGUCUAAAAUACUGUCACAUUAUAAAUUCAACAACCGAACAAGUGUCAUGUUGAAAGACAGAUGGCGGACUAUGAAGAAGCUGAAGCUUAUCUGCUCAGACAGUGAAGACUGAAUGUGUUUGCAGAGCUUGAUGAAGUGCAAUUAAGCAUUUUGAUCACUGCAUUUUGUUUGAAACCCGGCGGUCAUUAAUGUAGCUUAAAUAUUUUUUUAAAGCAUUACAGUAUUUUUCUGUGGCACAGUCAUUUAGUAUGAGGAUCUGUGCUGUAAGAGUGAGCCUAUAUGCCAUCAUUGUAUUCUGUGAGAAUCUUUUCACUUUGAUAAGAAAUAAAUUUAUUGAAUCCUACUGAUUUCAGUACUCCUACCCCCAAAAGCUGUUUGAAUAAAAAAAAAAAUGAAAACCUGUUAGAAAAAUAAAUUACUGUUAACUUAUUCUGUAUCUGUAGGCUGACUUCAACUCUGCAACACACAUAAAAAUGAAGUUUCUAAAUCAGUGAAUAAUAAUAGGCCUUUGACUUAAGGUGUAAUGAUUUGCUAUAUGGCCUUAUAUAUUAAUUAUUAGGACAUUUGUUGAUAGAAUGAUAAAUGUACAAAGUAAUCUGUGAGUUAUACUUAAAAUUUUCUUUUAGUAGUUUCAUAUAAAGGAAAAAACUUGAAAAAAAUAAUACCCGUAGACAAAGUUUAUACUAUUACUAACAGCUUAUGUCUCGUUUAGGUACAUCUGACUUUUGUUCUAGUGUUAAAACUUCAACAAAGAUGGUUUUAAAUAAAGCUUCUUAAAACCUGGUGCCAUAAAUAUCUGUUUCUCUGGUAUUUUCAUUUAAUAGGUAAAUAUUGGACCUAAAUGAUAUUCUGUAAAUGUGUAAAUUGGUUUUAGCCAUGAUCAUUUUGAUGUCUAUGGUAAAUACUAAAUAAACAAGGUCCUACAUGCUCUAUUAGAUGAUUUUUGAGUUUUCACCAACACAUUCUUUAGAAGAUUUAGUCAGAAACUAGAAUUAUUUGGCAUUUUGAGUUGGUGUGCUCAUAUUAAAGUUUCAUACAUUACUUUCUCAUUGUUCCUGUUGUCCUAUACUUACAAUGAACAGAAAUAUGGAUAAUGCAUCCUUACUCGUUCUGUCCUGUUAUACCACUAGUUACUGUCACUGUGUUUAUUGUAUGCAUUUUGAUGGCCAGUGCCAAAGCUGAUGGCCUGAGCCAAAAUAGUCAACCUUAUUCUAAACAUACCACAAGCCACCAAAUCUUAAAUUGAUAUUAACUCUAAGAUUCUCAAUUAUUUUAUGUGCCACUAAAAAAGAUUACUAUCAAUUAUA